AUGGCCAAAACGAAGAAACCAGAAGCAGGCAAGCCCCAGGUGCGCAAGCCUGCACUUAAGUCUCAAGACGGUGGGCACAAGGAUCGAAAGUCAAAGGGCAAGGCAGCUUCAACCACCCUUGCUGCACCGGCAAAGGCAGUCAUACGAAAGGCUGAUUCAAAAAUCAGGAAUGAAGUAAUCAACAAAGCAAAGAAUGCAAAGAAGGCAAAGGAAAGCGCGCAGAAGGAAAAGCACGAAGAGAAGAACAAGAAGGAGGCGCAGGUGAAAGCCCAGGAGACUCCAAAGGAUGACACUACAAACGAAAGAAAGAGUGCACUGAGGAAAAGUAGUCGACCGAAACCUGAAGAGGCAAAGGCAGAGAAAAAGAAGGCAGCAGAGAAGAAGACAGGGAAGGCAGGAGAUCAGAAGGUGGAGAGUCAGAAGAUUAAGAAAAAAGAUGGGCAGUCGGCAGAGAAGAAGGCUGCAGGAAAGAAGACGAAUUCAGAAGACCGAAAGGCAAAGGCGUAUGAUGAGAAGGAGCAGAAGAAGAGUGAAGAAGAGAGGAAGAAGAAGAUUCAGAUACUUGAAGAGAGGAUCAGACAGGAAAGGAUGGCAGCCCCCAAGACACCUCCCUGCAAAAGAUUGCGUAUGAAAUCACCAGCAGACAGCACCAGGUCUAGCACAAGCAGUGGCAAAAACCUAGCAGAGAAGCAGGCCAAGGCUGAAGCCCAUUUGGCAAAAAUGCGCUCAAGCUUAGAAGACGCUAUGAAGGAGGCUGAGGAUGACGCAGAGAUGGACGGCUCCGACAUGUUGGGCUUUUUCCAAGAGAUGAGGAAAGACAUUAGAGCAAAGGCAAGGGAGAAGGACAAGGAGAACGAGACUACAGCCAACAAAAAAGAGUCAGCCAAGGAGGCUGAAGAGUCAGAGAAUGAUGAGAAGGAGGAGGAUGGUCAAGGAGUUGCAGACAGCGGAGAAGAAGACCAGGAUGAAGAGGAUGAAGAGGAUGAAGAGGAUGAAGAAAAUGAAGAGGAUGAAGAGGACGAAGAGGACGAAGAGGAUGAAGAGGAUGAAGAGGAAGAAGGAGCAGGAGAGGCACGAGAGGAGGAUGACAAGAAAGAAGAAGAUGAUGAUGAGGCAACUGAUGACGAGGAGGAGGAAGAUGAUGAGUCUGAUGAUGCAAAGGAGGAGAAGAGCGAAGGGAGUGACCAGGAAAGCAGCUCUGACAAGGAUGAAAGCGACUUUGACCUAGAGGAAUACCUCGCAGAUUUGGAGAAAGGCAAAGAUAAGCUUGAAGAGAAGAGGCAGGCGAAGUUGGAGAAGGAGUUUGGAGAAGAAGGCAAGAAGGAAAACAAAGAAGAGAAGGAAGGAAAUGGAGGAGAGGAAGAGAACGGAAAGUUGGCGACAGCUGUCACCUCCACGGUCCGAAAUAGUAAGACCAACAAAAAAGAGUGGGACAAGAUGGACAGGCAGAUCAAGUCAGGGACCUUUCCACAGGCAUUGGUGCCUUUGCUGAGGCGGAAGAAAACAGAUCUGUUUGCGAUGUGGCUUGACCACGAACAGAGCUGGGAUUCAGUACUUUGUGAAGUUGAAAGAAAGUCAAAGACAGAAAACCUAGCCCGAAAACAGUGGACCGCGGUCCAAGCGAAGACCCUGAAGAGUUCCAUGAGCACUGAAAAGUUUGAGGACUUAAUCAAAAAAAGAACCGAUGCCGGGCUCUACUACCUUGACGAAGACUGGCCAAAUGACCCCAUGGAGACCUGGUAUUACAUGCCCCAGGGGCGUGUGAUCCGACAAGAUGAUGUCACUGCCGACAGUUUGAAGGCCAAGGCCACGAAAACUUUGGAUGACAAUAUGUUUGCUGCUUUGACUGGUGAGAGUGGUCCCCUGCCCUGUGGGGCCUUGCCCUCGGUGAAAGCUGCCACGGAGCAAGGGCAAAAGGCUGUUCUCGAAGCCUUGGAUGACACUUCCAAGACAAUCGUCAAGGAAAAGAAAAGGAAGCCAAACCCGUCAGAAGCAGCUGAACCAGUCAAACCGAAGACACUUCUUGAGCUUGGAAAAGAUCGGCUGGCCACAGUCCUCGAUGAGGCGACAAAGGCACGUGCCAAGGGCAUCAAACUGCAGGGGAUGGCGUUUGCUGAUCAACUUGCAGGUGAGAUGCGCAAACAUGGAAAUUUGAUGGAAGAUUACUACGGCAAGUUAAAGGCUACAGUGGAGCAUGACUCCCCCAAAGAUGCAGCGAUCAUGGCACUGCUGAAAAAGAUUGACGAAGCCCAGUCUUGGUAUAAGAAAGCAGAGGUUUCUGCUGCCGGGCUCUUGAAGGGAACUGACCAACCGAAGCGUUCAAAGGCCAAAGCAAAGGCUAAGAACUAGGCUUGUAGGACUUGGGUCAAACUAGGAUUUUGCUAUCUAGGAUUUCGGGGUUGCAGCAUGCUUGAAACAGCAUGCGUUGAGAGUAGGGGCCAAAGCACAUCUU